AUGGAUGCUUCAAUUCCUGUUUUCGAAAAGCCACAUCCCCGCUUGUCCGUGUUGGAUUGGACACGGAACAUACAGACUUUACAAAACGAAGCCCGGAUUCGUCGUUUCGAGUCUUACGAGUUGAGGCAGAGAGCCAACCAGCUCAGGAAUGAGACCGCAGUAACUACAGUUUGGGAUAACUUCAUCAACAAUGAGUUGUUGAGGGAUAGAAUCUUCGACGUGGAAUCCUGGCGCGAGAAGCAGCGCUUCACACGCGAGUGCGUGCGCGACGAGACCCAGGCCCUGAGGGAGCAGAAGAACAGUACCGAGCUCAUGCUGGAGUGGCUCCAGGUUCCACUGGCAGUGGCGGCGCAGUGCCGCGGCCAGCGCGACCAGAGGGUGCCGCCGGAACUGACUAGAGACCAGCUGGGGGAAGAGCUGAAUAAGGUAGGUUUAGUUUAA